UUUCUGACGCGCAGACACCGAGAGGCGCCAAUGAGCACAUUUUCCAACCGGAACUUGUCUCCACGUGCUGGCACCGGGGCGGAAGAGCAUUUGUUUUGAUCCCGGCGUGUCGUUUCGUCCGCGUGUAACUACAAUUCUCCCGUUAUGAGCUCAGUAAUUCUCCCAACAACACACAUAAUGUCAUCUGCGGAGAACAAAGUCGAAAAUGGCAGCACCGAAGAAGAGCAGAGAGGGAAGAAAAGAAAGAUGUCUCUUUCCAGUUGUGGUGUUUGUGGAUCAGAGGAGGCCAAGUACAGGUGUCCAGCCUGCCUUACACAUUCCUGCAGCUUGCUGUGUGUGAAGAAGCACAAGGAAGCUUCAGGAUGCAGUGGCGUUAGAAAUAAAACAGCAUUUGUGACACUGUCACAAUUUGAUGAAAUGACACUUCUCAGUGAUUACAGGUUUCUGGAGGAUACUGGCCGAUUUGCUAAUGGUGCCACCAGAGACAACCUCGUCCAGGCUCCUCGUGUCACUGUCAAAUCUAAGAAACUGGCCUCUAAUGCCAGGAAGAUGAACAUCACCCUGAGAUUCCUCCCCAUCACCUUCACUAAGAGCAGAGAAAACUCCACCUUCUUCCUUACAAAAGAAAAACUGUUUCUGUGGCACCUGAAGCUCAUAUUUCCUCAGAGCAGUUCAGAGUUCACUCAGAGGAGGGUGUCUGACAAACAAACCUUGAAGCAGAUCUUGACUGCUUAUAUUCACCCUACAGAGUCGGAACCUGUCACACGUCAGAAGUUGAAGAUGUAUGUGCAAGCUCGGUUUGAUCAUGUCAAAGUCUUCAUGAAAGUGGAGGGAAGAAAGGCCAAUGCUGUCAGGUAUCAUGAGUUGGACAUUGAGAAGAGCCUGAGGGAUAACCUGAGCUACAAAACACUGAUUGAAUAUCCUGUGCUGCAUGUUGUACUCAAAGAUCACUGGAAGGACUAUCCACUGAAAGGACCAGCUUUCAGUAACUAAACAACAGGAUGAAUAUAUAAUGAGUUCAAAUACUGUGUAGCCCCCAAACGCCAACCUCUCUCCACUCCCCCGAUUCCAGCAGCAUUGUAUCAUGUCCUGGUUUCUCCAGCUGAGGCUUUAAGACUUUGUUCCCUUAUUUUUCACUAUGGCAACAUGCUACCCAAAAGGAAAUGAGCGUGCUCUGUUCAACAUCACUUACACCACCUUAACCUCAACUGCAAUUGUGGCCAGAAAGAGGAUCAAACAUGGCUUAUUGCUGAAGAUUGACCUCAUAAGCUGUGAAGUGAGAGUAGACGAGAAAACAGGAGAUGAGUCCGUGCUUUUUCUCACCCCUGUGUCACUUUCCACUACUGCGGGGUUUUCAGUGUCGAGAACGAUCGGUCGCGUCAAAACAGGACAGCGAAAAGCACGCUCGUCAUUUUGGUUCCUGUGAGAUGUGUACAGUUCGGUCCAGCUGUGGUUAUCGCAGUACUUUCGGUAUGAACACAAAAGACCACACAAACACAGUAUCACAGUUACUGUCAGAGCCAGACUGGCCGAAUGGCGAAUGAGAUCAUUUUUAGUCUGAGUUUGUACGUGUGUGUGUGUUUUUAGUGAUAAGGCCUCAGUACCACGCUGUUUUCCUAUAAGGUUAGCUGUAGAAAUACACUGAUGAUUACACAUGCCAUGGACUGUGAAGCUAGACAGGAAAUGAUAACAAGCAAUCGGACACCGUGGCUGUAUCUUCAGCUGUAUCUCCUGAGGUAAUGUUGGGGGUCUGGCAGGCUCCAAGCAUGCACUGUGCAGCCAGACAGUUUAAACUGAAUUCAGCCACUUAAGGGUGUAUUUUUAUUUAUGGUCUCACUGAUAUCACUUUUACCCUGCUCCCGUUUCGCUGAUUUAUUUUUUUUUCUUAAUAACCUUUAACGCCUGACCUUUAAUGGCAUUUGACGACCUCCCCUGUACCCAUAAAGGUGUGGUUUGGUGACCAUUAAAAUAGUUCCCAGGUUUUUCCAAGGGUAGCUGCAUAGGCAGAGACCAUCCUCAUUAACUUCUGAUGCACACUCAUUCAUUUUGUUCUAUAAACAGGCCUGAAAUAUGACAGAAACCAUUGGUAAAGAGCUAAAGUCUUAGAAACUGUCUGUAGCCCCAACGUAGGCAAAAGGUUAAAGUCCUUUGAGUUUCUGUCACACUGAGCUCACUGGUCACUUCACUGGAAAUGUUGCAAUACCACUCUUGGGUGUCAGAUUUAGUUACCGUUGCAUAUCGCUUUCAACAUAGCACAAGUGUGAACUUUAUGCACUGACAUUGAUGGUUGCACAAGACCGAGAUUCUCGUUGCCUUUGCAUGUUUCUUGUGCGUCUUUGUGCCUUGCUUAAUUCACUAAAAAACGUGGUUGUUGUUUCUGAGAAUGCCUGAACGUGUGUGAGUUUUGCAACUCAACUUGGGACAGAUGAGCUAUUAGACUCAAAGUUUAUAUGCUACA